CUUUAGAAUUUCAAUUUAGAAGUGUAUAAAGAUGUUUCGUUACGGAGUCCAGAAAUAUUAUACAAAUGCUUUUACCAGUUGCAUUUCACAAAGAUGUAUUUCCAAAACAGCCUUGUUGGAUCAAAGUUAUCCUCGCUUAGUGACAAGAAAUCCGUCUAAUAUAUUGUUCCGUAGUCAGUUAAAAAAAGCAAAAAGAAUUGUUGUAAAACUUGGUUCAGCAGUAAUCACAAGGGAUGACGAAAGUGGAGUUGCUUUGGGUAGACUUGCAUCAAUUGUGGAACAGGUUUCGGAAAUGCAAAAUGAUGGUAAACAAAUGAUGAUUGUUACAAGUGGUGCUGUGGCUUUUGGAAGACAGAAACUUCGAGAUGAACUGUCUUUACAACAAACUAUGAGAGAUUCUUUAAAAAUCAAUGGUGGGGGUAUGGGUUACAUUGACUCACGAGUAUGUGCAGCGGUUGGUCAAGGUGGAUUACUUUCAUUGUAUGAUGAAAUGUUUAACCAAUAUAAUUUAAGUGUUGCACAGGUGCUAGUUACUAAACCAGAUUUUCAAAAUGAUUACAACAGAGCAAAUUUAAAAACAACACUAGAAGAGCUUAUUCGCAUGCGAACUAUUCCUAUUGUUAAUGCAAAUGAUGUUGUGGCUCCUACGCCUAAUCCUAACAUCAAUUUUUCUGAACUUCCACCAAGACAAGCUACAGAAAUAAAUCUUAAAGACAAUGACAAUUUGGCAUCACUAUUUGCUGUUGAAAUGAAUGCCGAUCUGCUUAUCAUCCUGUCCGAUGUUGAUGGUAUCUACACAGGCCCACCUCAGGACGAAAUGUCAUCUUUAUUAAGCGUAUUUCGACCCAGUGAUGCAAAAGAUAUUAGAUACAGUGAAGGUUCUUCGAAAGUCGGAACUGGUGGAAUGGAGUCUAAGGUUAGUGCAGCUACAUAUGCACUGGAAAAUGGAGUGUCAGUUGUUAUUGCGAAUGGCCAAUUCAAAGAAGUUAAUAUUGUAAAUGAUAUUGUCAAUGGAAAAAAGAUUGGUACUUUUUUUACAAUGGCAGAAACAAAUGGACCAACUGCUGAAGACCAAGCUGUAAAAGCAAGAGGUGGAAGCAGAGCUUUGCAAAACCUCACUUCCCAUCAACGUGCUGACGUAAUCUCUAAACUGGCUGAACUUUUGCAGGAACGAGAAAAAGAGAUACUAGAAGAAAAUCAAAAAGAUUUACAAGCUGCUGAAGAAAGUGGUACACUUGCACCGUCAUUAAUUUCCAGACUUGCUUUGUCAUCAGAAAAAUUGAAAACAUUGUCGUCUGGUUUAACACAAAUAGCAAGCAGUUCUUAUAAUAUCUUGGGUCGGACGUUAAAUGCAAUGCAAAUUGCUGAAGGGAUGGAGCUGCGACAAGUUACUGUUCCAAUUGGUGUUCUCAUGAUUAUUUUUGAAUCCAGACCAGAUGCUUUACCGCAGGUUGCAGCUUUGGCGAUAGCAAGUGGUAAUGGACUGUUGUUAAAGGGUGGUAAAGAAGCCUACCACAGCAACAAAUAUCUUCAUUCUCUUGUACAAGAAGCACUUUCUAUACAUGGACAAGAUGUAUAUCCUGAUGCAGUUGCCUUAGUCAGCUCGAGAGAUGCAGUGUCAGAUUUGUUGCAAUUAAAGAAUCACAUUGAUUUGGUAGUUCCACGUGGAUCCAGCGAAAUGAUAGCAAAGAUAACUGAGCAAAGUAGAGAUAUUCCUGUUCUCGGUCAUGCUGAAGGAGUAUGUCACGUGUAUGUUGAUAAAGAUGCUUGCUUAGAUAUGGCUUCAAAAAUUGUCGUUGAUUCGAAAUGCAACUACCCGGCUGCUUGCAAUGCUAUGGAAACUCUUCUUAUUGAUCAACGAUUGUUGCAAACAACAGCUUUUGAUACGCUUCUGCAUAAUUUAAAAGAACAUAAUGUCAUUGUUCAUGCUGGACCUCGCCUUUCUCGAGCCUUACCAUUUGGUCCAGUCCCUGCAAAGUCAUUAAAAGUGGAGUAUUCGGGUUUGGAAUGUGCCGUUGAGGUCGUAGAUGGUGUUGAUGACGCCAUCAGACAUAUACUUGCUCAUGGCAGUUCUCAUACAGAUGCUAUCGUCACGGACAAUGAGGAAACAGCUCGAAAAUUCUUGCAUGGUAUUGACAGCGCAUGCGUCUUUCAUAACGCCAGUACCAGAUUUGCUGACGGUUACAGGUUUGGGUUAGGUGCUGAAGUAGGUAUCAGUACAGCUAGAAUACAUGCUCGUGGCCCAGUUGGAGUGGAUGGCUUGCUUACUGCUAAGUGGGUAUUGAAGGGGCACGGUCAAACUGUUGCUGACUUUAGUGAAGAAGGUUCUUGCAAGUAUCUUCAUAAACCACUGAAUAUUGGUGACCACGGUGCUGCUAAUGCUCAGUAGUGGUCUGUUCUGUAUUUCUAAGAGAAAUGGAGUUAUUCUGAGUGUGAAUAUUUAGACUAUUUUUCAGUCAAACCUUCAAAAGACCCAAAUAUUGCACUUCCAGAUACUAAAGUUGUCGUGAUAAAUCUUUUAAAUGUUUUUUUUGUGUGUUAAGAAACCAAAAAUUGUCUAUAUUUUGUCCAAUUACCUAAAAAGGAAAUUUUACCUUGGGAUGGACAUUGGGUCAUUGUUUUUAAGCAUGACAUCCUGCAGAACGAACCUGCAAAUGAAGUCACUUUUGCAUUUUUCAUUUUAUUUGUAAUAUGGAACUAGUUUGAGAGUUCAGGUAAGGAGACAGACUCUCUUGAAUGGUAAAUAUAAUGUAUCCACUGUUCCUCAUCAUGUCUUGUGUGUUUUUUUUGUUUUGAUUUUUGUUCAUGUAAGCUAUGUAGCUUAUACCUGCUCUCGCGAAAGUUACAUUUCUAACGUAUUUGUCAUUGGUUGCUUCUAUGUAUUUCAUAUGUUAUUUUUACGGUAAAAUGUGUGUUUUUUCUGUCGAGCUUCGAAGUUUAGUUGAUUUUUAAAGGAGGUAUUUAUUGCGUAUAUUAAAUUAUUAGCAGUAUUUAUGUUUAGAAUGUUUAUCCGUUAGCUAUGUAUUUACUAAUUUAUUUAUUGAGGUAUUUAUGCACACAAAAAAAUGUGUAGCUUUUUAAUUGUAAUAAAAAAGAGAUUUUAUCAACAUC